AUGGUCACUAAGCAUUCCCAUAAAAUUCUCAAAAAAAUUCCUAAAUUCACCCAUUUCGCUAAUUCUAAUAACAAGAUUUGGCUCUUUGCUAGAGCUGAGCUUCAGUGGGUUGUUCUGCAUAAUCAUUCCCAAUUCAUUCAUAUUCAAUUAUCUAUUGGAGCUCAAAUUGAAUAUUCCACUUUUAUCUAUGCCAGCAACAUUGCUAAUAAUCAGACUACUUUAUGGUCUGAUUUAAUACAAAUUGAACAAUCUGUUAACUCCUUAUGGAUUCUGGGAGGGGAUUUGAAUUGUGUUGCAUCUCCUAGUGAAAGAAGAGGUGGAAGACCACCUUCAUUAUCAGCCAUGAAUAGAUUCAAUGACUUUCUUUCUGAUGCUGCCUUAUUUGAUUUGGGUUACCAAGAUCUAGAUUUCACUUGGAGGAGGGGUUCCAUGUGGGAAAGGCUGGAUAGAAUGUUAGGAAAUUCUAGAUGGUUUCAGACCUUCCCUUUUACUAUUGUUUCUCAUCUUGUCAUGUCUGGCUCUGACCACAAGCCUCUUAUUUGCUCUAUUCAAAAUGUUGAAAGUCCCAAAAGAUCUCCUUUCAGAUUUCAAAAUAUGUGGACUCUACAAUCCCAUUUUAUUGGUGAAAUUGCUAAGAAGAAGGUGGCAGCUCAUCUGCAGCAGUGGAAUUGGAACCCUUUUGGAAAUAUACAUGAAAAUCUUAUUACUGCUCAAAAUAAAGGUCUAAAUAUGGAAAAGGGAUUUCAAAGGGGAGUAAACUCUGAAGUUUAUCUUCACAAAGCUAAUGAAGAACUCCUGAUGCAAAUUAAUUAUUCUGAAAGUUUUUUGAAGCUGAAGGUUGCAGUUACCAAAUUCACUGAGGGAGAUAGUAACUCUAGCUUUUAUCGUGCAUGUAUUAACUUCAGAAGGAAAAAUAAUAUGAUUCUAUAUAUCACUGACUCUACCGGCCUAUGCUUAUCUGAUGCUGAUGUUAUUGCCCUGGAUGCUAUUAAUUACUUUCAAAAUCUUUUUAAUGAUCAGCCAUCUUCUAGAACCCAGAUUAAUGCUGAGCUCUUGUCUGAUUGUCAGGAAUAUGCCCAUAGUUUGAAAUUGAAUAACAUUCCUUUGGAAGGGGAAAUUAAAGCUGCUCUGGACUCUAUUGAUGGCCAAAAGGUGGUUGGGUUUGAUGGCUUUACUGCUAAUUUUUAUAAGACUACUUGGCAUAUCAUCUGUGGUGAGUUUACUGUUGUAGUGCAAAAUUUCUUCAAGGGAAUUGAUCCCCUUAGGUACUUCACUGCUUCCACUAUAACUUUGAUCCCCUAA